UAUUUUUAUCAGUAGAAAGGAUUGUGGCCAAAGUUCAAAGGUUUGAAGUCGGUCUGCUUUCUUUAUGAGCGCUCAUUGACCAAGUGUCACCCUUCAGAGCAGAGGAAGAGGAUCUACUGUGCUCAGUCACCAAGAAGACCGACGGCAGAUCCGCAUCCCCAGACAGCUCUGCACCAUGGACUGCAUCUUCCAGUUGCUGUUUUCCCCUCUCCCGACCUCAAUCGCCAUCUCGCUGAUCGCCGUUGGAGUUGCAACCCUGCUCUACCUCAACUCACGGCCCAGUCCCCUCCUCAGCCCCGUUGACCUCAACUGUCAGACGCUGGGCAUCAAGGGUGGCGCAAGAAAGAAUGCUCUGAUGGAGGACAACGACAACCUGACGUCGUAUUUCUACGAUGAUGCCAAGACCCUGUACGAAGUUUUUCAGCUGGGUUUGAAGGUUUCAGGUAACGGACCAUGCCUGGGGUAUAGGAAACCAGGAAAGCCAUACCAAUGGUUGAAGUACAAACAGGUGUCUGACAGAGCAGAACACCUGGGGUCAGCACUCCUCCACAGAGGCUUGAAGCCCAAGUCCGACACGUUCAUUGGCAUUUUUGCACAGAACAGACCCGAGUGGAUUAUUGGUGAAAUGGCUUGCUACACCUACUCCAUGGUAGCAGUCCCCCUGUACGACACGCUGGGUCCUGAGGCUCUUAUGUUUAUCAUCGACCAAGCUGAGAUCUCCACCGUGCUCUGUGACAAUCAGACCAAAGCAGAAACAUUGCUGCAGAACAGCGAGAAAGGCCAGACUCCAACUCUUAAAACAAUCAUCCUGAUGGACUCAUUCAGCCCCGAGCUGGUGGAACGGGGAGCAAAGUGUGGGGUGGACAUCAUGUCCUUGCAGGAUAUGGAGGCACUGGGGAAAAAUAAUCUCCAAAAGCCAAUUCCGCCCAAGCCGGAGGACCUGAGUAUUGUUUGCUUCACCAGUGGAACUACAGGAAACCCCAAGGGAGCAAUGUUGACGCAUGAGAAUGUUGUCUCUGACGCUGCAGGUGUCCUCAAAACAUUUGGGACUGCAGUUACUCCGUUCGCUGGCGAUGUCAGCAUCUCCUUCCUGCCCUUGGCGCACAUGUUUGAGAGAGUCGUGCAGACGGUGGUCUACGGCACUGGAGCCAGGGUAGGAUUCUUCCAGGGUGACAUCAGGCUGCUGCCGGAUGACAUGAAAACGCUGAAGCCCACCAUUUUCCCAGCAGUUCCUCGACUGCUUAACCGCGUCUAUGACCGAGUUCAGAGCGGAGCCAAGUCUCCCUUCAAGAAAUGGCUGCUGAACUUUGCUAUCGAGAGGAAAUUCGCAGAAGUGAGGGAGGGAAUCGUCCGGACAAACAGCAUAUGGGACAAACUCGUCUUCAAAAAAAUCCAGGAGUCCUUCGGGGGGCGCGUGCGCAUCAUGGUGACGGGAGCAGCUCCCAUAUCCCAACCUGUUCUCAACCUGCUCAGGGCUGCUCUGGGCUGCAUGAUCUUUGAGGGAUACGGUCAGACGGAGUGUGCCGCCGCCUGCACCUUCACCAUGCCGGGAGACGCAACUUCUGGUCAUGUUGGUGCGCCUCUGUCUUGUAACUUUAUGAAGUUGGUAGAUGUUGAAGAAAUGAGCUACUUUGCCUCAAAUGGUGAAGGGGAGGUAUGUAUCAAGGGUAAAAAUGUGUUCAAGGGCUACUUGAAAGACCCGGAGAAGACCGCGGAGGCCCUGGAUGAAGAUGGCUGGCUCCACACUGGAGAUAUUGGAAAGUGGCUUCCGAGCGGAGUUCUGAGGAUUGUGGAUCGCAAGAAGAACAUCUUCAAACUGGCUCAAGGGGAGUACGUAGCACCAGAGAAGAUUGAGAACGUGUAUGUGCGCAGUGAACCGGUGGCCCAAGUGUUUGUGCACGGAGACAGUCUGCAGUCCUGCCUGGUGGCCGUCGUUGUCCCUGACGCUGAGGUCCUUCCAGAUUUUGCCAAAAAUCUGAGAAUCCAAGGCUCCAUCGAAGAACUCUGCAAAAACCCAGAAAUUAAGAAAGCCGUCAUUUCAGACAUGACCAAACUUGGAAAAGAAGCAGGUCUCAAGUCCUUUGAGCAGGUGAAGGAUGUGCAUCUCCACCCAGACCUGUUCUCCAUCGAGAACGGCCUGUUGACCCCAACACUGAAAGCCAAGAGAGCCGAACUAAAAGCUCUCUUCAGACCACAGAUUGACAAACUUUAUGCCAGCAUGCAAUAAAUGGAAAACAAAAGAAACACCACCAACUCAUCUACUUCAAUUUUCCUCAUUUUUACUUUUUAAAACAUCUUGGCAAGAUCUUAUUUCAUUUUUUUUAGUUGAUAUAUGCACUUCGGUUCACAAUGACCAAGUAUUGAAGAGGCAGUUAAGAUCUGUUUAGCCAAUCGUCCCAAAAUCUGGAGUUUGUUUCGAAAGUUCAUGAUGGUAAAUUAAGGUUGAAAGGUUGAAAAUAAGACAUGAUUUGCUUCACGUGCAAACAUGACAAGAAGAAAAUACCACUUUGAUUUUUUACAAUUGUAAUUUUGACAAAUAUGGUGAAACAAAGGUCACAUAUUUAGACUACGGUAGUAUUUUUUACACUCCAAAAUGAUGUUGUUUUUUUUAUUUUAAAAAGUUUAGUUUCAAGCUCUUUGAUUACGUUUGAUUGUUCAGGUGAACAGGCGCACAUAAAACCUCCCUCUUGUAAAUGGUUAAACAAUCUUCUUCCAAAAGUUUGAGUUGAAACACUUCUCCUAUUGGAAGCCAACACUGCCCUCAUGUGUUUAAGUACGACCAUGGCUGCACCCACCAAACAGGAAUGUCAGGGUUACCCGUACAUCAUGCAUUAAGAUAUAUAUUUGGCUUCAGCACGGACUUUAAACUGAAAGAUUUCAUAUUUUAGCAGAUUACUUUCCACAAUUAUUCUUUCAUAAAUGUAUUUAUUUUUGUCAUCGUUGUCAACCACAGUUCUGAGCAAUAAAAAGUCAUGUUUG